UCUUCUGUAUUAAGGUGCUCAGCUCUGAAAUGUCAAUAUCGUUUUGGACUUAACAACGUACAGUAGAGGUGACUUCGCUUAUAAGCAGGGAAAGGAAGAGAAAUCAGAUUCAAUUUAUUAUGAUAUUCUGUGAUAUCAGGCGGCGAGAUAUCUUCUAGGUUCCCUGUCAACAUGCCAGAUUUACAUAGAAUGUAUAGACGACGUAGACGUCAUGCCAUUGGCGAAACAACUUUCUCUGUCUCAAGCAGUCGACUUCUAUGAUAGACGGCGCACAAGACAUUAUGGAUACCCAAGCAACGAGCAUUUGGCUGCUAGAAAAUCUCUACCACUGCAAAGACAGAUUCCCGUUCUCGAUGACAACUUGAAAAGACUUUUACAUCAAGCUUCAUUGGCAAACAGCAGUCGCCCAAUCCAGGGAACUAUUACAGCUACCUCUGGAAGUCUUCCGCCAGAGGUCGUGCGUGAUUAUAACAAAGGGGCAACAAACCCGACGGUGCAAGUGAAUCUAAGAAAGAAGCCGGAACGACCGAAAGUUAAGAAACUAGCCAUCAACAGGCAGGUCGCUUUGAAUAAUUGGGACCCUCGCCGUGAAAUGCGUCGAGUUGAGCAAAGGGUUGUCUUUACAGAAGGUAUCAGUUCUGUUAGUAGAAAACCAGAACCCCACUUGCACGUGGAUCGAAAAUAUUUCCUACCAGCAAAUAUGCCGGAAGACUUGAAAUUUGUACGAGAAAAUAGCAAAAUUGCUAUUGAUUUAUCGAGUUCUGAUGACAUACCAUUUUGCACGGUGGAGGUUGAUAAAACAAAAAAAGCAGAAAAUCAGCUCAGUUUGCCGCACAUUUCUGACAAUACUGAAUCCAAGAAUGGCAGAGGAAAACGGAGGAGAUCUAAUGGGAAACCUGACAUUAAAAAUACCACCAGUGCCCCUUCAGAAGGAUACUUUAUGCAGAAUAUUGCUCGUCUGUCUCCUACAAGUUUUGUACCGCUCAAUUCUCCCUCCACGACAUUCUACGCCUCUCGAGAGCCUAGUCAUUUACAACCCGCCCACGUAGUACAGAUUAAUGCACGAACGCUUGAUAAGUCGUUAAAUCUAAACGCGGUGAAACCUGAUAAAAAUAACGGUUUCAAGAAAGACAAAGUUUUCAAAUCACAACUGGGUGCAUCAUCAGAUGGUGUUGUAGGUCUUCGGUCCAUUAAAAUAGGCGAAAGUUUGUCGUCGGCUCACCUUAAACAAAGACAAAAGGAACUUCGAGCUUUAUAUCCGAUGUACGAUUGGGGCAUUCAGCAAAAAUCAAGAAAUGAUAUUGCAAGAAAAAAAGAUCCCUCUCUUUCUAAGAAUAGUUUUAAAGAGGCAAAAUCCAACAAACAAAGUCGAAAGAAUGCGUCGCUUAAUAUAUAUCAGAUUGACUCUGACAAUUUGGAUGCAAUUGGCAAAAAUCGUGCUGGACGAGAUUCUGUCAAAUCAAUGUCAGAUUGGUCGAUUGACAUGGACUUUCCUAUCUGGGAAAGUUCGAUUUCUCAUAAAAAUCAUAAACAUAAGAAAAAUUGGAGCGUGUGGUCUUUUGAUGAGAACUAUGAUUUAGAUGCGUAUCUGGAUGGAACUUGUUACGAUUCAGGCGCCCCUUUUCACGGUGUGCAGCCAGAUGCAGACAACCUGUUGAUGCCGACGACCAUACCUUGUAAACCUAAACCAAAAUGUGUUGGUGGAUCAGUAGGGGUCCCAAAUGUCCACGAGGAAAAUGAAAUAAGAAAGGAGAAGACUAAAGGCGAAAGAACAGAGACUAACACUGGUGGUCCGCCUCGACAAGAGAGUCAUGCUUCCCUCCAUCCCCCACCUAACACAGCCGAUGAUCCGACCGGCAAUCAUACCUCCACCGAAAUGGAACACAUUCUGCCACGUAUUGCGGAAAGUGCCAGUAGUGAUAAAGUAAACGUCCAAGUUUCUGUUAAAACACUGAGUUUAGACCCUGCUCAACUUGAGAAGCAUCCCGAGGUUCAUAACGGUACUCCCACGAUUUGCGUCACCCCACCGACCACGCUGCAACAAAGCAAAAUGGACGCCGCGCCCUGUCCCACCGACAAAAGUCAUUCUGCAGGAGACUCGCCGGUGGCAGAUAAGAGUGCAAACUCGAACUCUUAUCUACAGCAGAAUAAAGGCCCAAAAGGGCAAAAACUUGUUAAAACAGGUAGUAAAAGGGAUAUUGUUUUUAUUUCUCCUGCAAUUCAAAGUCCGUAUGAAUACCAAGUAUACUAAAAUUGCGACAGCUUUAUACAUUUUAUAGGCCUAUAUUAUACAUUUCAAUAUUUUGUGUGUACAUUAUAUAAAUCUCAAUUACCAAUCAUACCACACAAACGAUACAGGUACACACACACUCAAAGUCCAAGUCAGUAUAAAUUUUACUGCAAUUUAAACGUUAUCUACAAAGGUGCAACUUUAUUGUACGUAUGCAUAUGGCUUUUUAGUAUUUUCAGAAUUUUUAUAUAGCGUCUUUUUAUUCUGGCUAGCAUUAUUUAUGAGGAUGCUACUUUGUAGUCAAUACGAUUUAAUUAGGCUAGUCAACGCUGUACUCCCUAGUUACCACUUACUUG